GCGAAAAUGUCACAACAAUCGAUGUCAGCUGAUUUAAUCUAUUUGGGCAAUAGAGGUAAACAACGAACCUUCUCCAUCAUCUGCGUAAUAAUGGGCAGUUAGGAAGAAUUGUGCCGUUUUGGAGAGCACAUUAGUAGUAAGAAAGGAAAAAUCCAAGAAUAUGGCAGCAUUACUAUCGGCUACCCGUCAUGGAGCGAUAUUUCGUCCAACGGUACCAAACGUGUGGCUUCUAUCUUGGCUAGUCAGCUAUCAGCGGAAAAGCACCAACAUCAGUGCAGUUGAUUCCUUUAUCAGCGAGCUCAUGGAAAACAAAAAGCUCAAGUGGAAAGUUUUAAAUAGUCGACAUCGCAAUGGUAAAACGAAAUCGGCUUCACAAAUUGCCGAUUAUGAAUUGGCAACAAAUGGGCAUAUUCCUACCAACACGAUACUAAGCUCCUCGUUUCGCCUCAGUGAACUGUACAAUGAGCUUACGAAUAACCCACUAGUCGUUAACAUUAGCCAGAUGAAGGUAUCCCAAGUGGACCAUUUGCUCGGGACAGCACUGAAUGAACAGAACGCGGAGGACGUGAAACUUCUACUAGCACAAGUAUUAGAAUACGAAAAACUACCUUCUCUGCCGGUAUUGAACGCCGCUCUUAAAUAUUUGUCGCACCAGACACAAAUGGAAACGAUAGAACAAUUGGCAGCGCUCUACUCGCAGCUUCAUCCGGACCAGAAGAGAACGGCAAUCGGCAGAUUCGAGCAAUAUAAAGCGCUAUGUCAAUGGAAGCUGGGAAAUACGCUGAAAUCCCUGGAAGCUUUCCGCGCCAUUAUGGCCGACUGUAACGAGGAACAGUUGCUAACCGUUGAUCAUAUAUUGCUAGAAAUGAUCGAUGAAACGAUCGGCAGGAAGAGUGAAGCUGUUUUGCUUGCUGUAAUACACCUUUCCGAAUAUUGUUUAAUUGAACUGCAUCACGAUUUUCCUAUUUGUUACGUGUGGGAAAAGAGUUUCUUGAGUGCGUGGCACAGCGACCAAGAGGCAGCCAAAACGUUGUUCGACCGGCACGGUGCCCUCAGAGAAGCCGUCAGUCAUAGGACUAUAAACCUUUGCUACAAACUGCUGUACGACAACAACGUGGAAAAGGUUUACCAAUUGAUUGAAUUAUUCCUGAAGCAUGACAUGAAAGCGGAAUGUAAAUCCAUGCUGAUUAGACUGUUUGAAUAUCAGUAUUGGCGCAAGAAUUUGAGGGGAUGUUCGGAAAUUAUGCAAAACGCGAUCGAUCUCAAUAUUUCUCUUCCUGAAAUGUGCAAUCGCCAUUUGUUGGAACUACUGCUGGGACGCACCACGACGGGAUUGGAACAGAGGGAAGCUUCGAAGCAGUCGAAAAACUUAAAAUCAAACAAAUACGAGCUGAAAUUUUAGUGUACAUGUAGGACUGAAAUCCAAUCGUCAAGAUGACGCGAGGUGGCUGGCACGGGAGUUUAUUUGCCAUUCAGCAAUUCAAUGUAUAACUCUUUGCGUAGCUCACUAACAUCCUGAUCCCAUCGCUUUUCCCAGU